AUGAAAUCCUUCAUCGGUAGACUAUGGAAAAAGUGAGCGUCACACUUUUUAGAAAGUUUCUGCUAUUCUAAAUUCACAAAUUUUGCAGAAUGUACGGUCGUCUCAAGUCGUCACUCCUCCACCAUUUCCAACGGAACGGCAACAAUGCUCCGACGACGUCGACGAUCAAUCUGAACGGACUGAGCAGAGAGGAGAAGAAGAGGUACGGUACCGAGUGUGCCACUGAUUACAGUAUCCCUUUUAGACUGCGUCACUCGCUGGCCGAAUGCCAACUCAACGAGAUCAGUGAGUACGAAGGCCCCGCCCAGUCUUCCUCCUCGCCGGCCUCCUUCUCCUCCGCUCUCCAUUACCAACCGAGACCCUCGCGCGCAAGCCACGCCCCUUUGGCGCCCCAAGAAGAGUACCUCGACGAGUCGUCCAGCACCCUCUACUCGGACCUGCUGGCCACGAGUUUCUCGAACACUUCCGCCAACUCGUCGAGCUUCGUCUGCGAUUACGAGGAUCCAAACGACCCGCUCAUCAUCAUGCCGUCGCCUGCGCUCUCGUGGAAUGUUCAGGUCAGUCGGGUGGGGCUUUAGAAGGGUAGUGCGCUGAAAAACAGCCUUCGGAACGAUUUUUAGACCCUUAGAAUCAUGUACAAGAGAUUUUUUGGCGUUCCGAUCUGAUUCUGCGUCGAGCCACUCAGGCUUUAGUGAUGAAUUUGGUUAAAUAAGGGCCGAAACAUUUCACCUUGAAAGAAAGUUAGACACAUGACAUAUUUCAAAAUUGAUCACAGUUUCUCGGGGUCACCGGCAGUCUAGACACCCCUCUUUGACUUUCAAAUAAUAACAGAAGAAGACGCCCGCUUCGGGCUUCACACCUGUUGCCAAAGGCGCACCUAACCGACACUGUAUCGUCCGUGCACAGUCACAGCUGAUCAAAGUAUCGGGUUGCGGACAUGCGUGGCCGUCUUUUUGAAUUGCUCCGUUGGGACGAAUGGCGGUUUACAACGGGCGUCCGGAAAUGAUGAUCCGAGUUGUAAAAGGAAAAUGGAGAAGAGUUAUGGCUCGCUCUAGGAUAAGAGUUCAGUUUUGAGUGUGACAGGUCACCUUGGGUUAACGGUAUCCGGAUGGGAAGCUGUUUUGGUGUACAAUAGCGGAAAUUUGAACAAGUUGAAACCUAGACAUUUAAUACUUUAUUUCUCUAGCUGACAACAUUUGUUCCUUCACCGGCAAUAGCUCUUGGAAGUGACACAAUUUCAAUGAGCGUACUUCUAUUAAUUAUGGUACAAAAAAUAUGAACCCUCAACGUUAUUCCCUGUUUCCACUGAAAAUCUCAUCCUAAUUGUAAUUGCUUUGUGCUCCUCUAAGACCCCCUCAAUUCAUACACGCCUGUACAAAUACAGUAACCGGACCCCUUCUUCGUCCCUUAAUCUGAGCACCCAUGUUCGAAAGUGUCAAGUGACCGAUUGGCCCGUUCUUACCUUUUGCCGUCCCCCUCACGCUCGUCUCCAUGGGAGAUCCACUUGAACAAGUAGCAAGUAUGUCGAGUACUUGCACAAAUAUGGAAACAAGAGCAAUGCCGCCUCACGACAACAUGUUCUGAUUUGAAAUAUAUGAAAAUGAAACAAUUUGCAGUACGUUGGCUCGUUUCCGAUCUCCAAUUCGCACAUCAACGAUUUGGGAAAUCGGGUGGACAACUAUCAGGGCGCCGCCACGUUGCAGAAUGUGGAACUGUCGAUUUCGGUGCUUGGAGUCAGGAUCACGUGUGAGAAGGUUAGUGUUCUCUCAUUCUUAAGGUCCUAAAAUUGAUUGUUCUUUAUCGUAAACAGCGUCCGUUCAAAGCGAUGUAUCUCAGCUGUUUGUAGAGAUAGCAAGAAGUAGUCAGCUGAUAAAAUGUACUUCAACUCUUGACUAGCAUUUAUUAGUUGACAACGGUUUGAUAUCUCUGCUUACUGCUGAGAUACAUCGCUUUGAAUAACCAUAACCCCUCAAGUUAGGCUUAGUGCUCUUGUAUGCAAAUUCGACAUGCACACCUUGAGCGCUCCCUGCUGAGAGCUCCACAAUAUUCAAAUUCGCCCUCCUCGCCCACCCGCACCAAUUAUUCAGUCAAAACUGGUCGCUUCAUUUGGAGACGGGGGCUGUUGCGAAAUAAAAGAACACACGUGUUGCGUAUGGUGCAUUCGGAACCGAUUAUCGGUCAUCCCCCUUGUUCAUUGUUUCUCUCGGUGACAGAGGGAAAAAGGAGACAAGAGACGUUCUUUGAUCACCUGCCGCUGGGCCGCGGGGGAGCGAUCGAGCAUGAAUUUUUCACGAGAUUAUGUAAUUGACGAGCCGGGGAUAUUCUCUUUUGGCACCAUUCGCUUCUCUAUAAGGAAAGACAUUCAGGAAAGAGCUGAAGUUAUGUGGCCUUGCAUGAGUACAGUACUUUCUGGAAAUUUGUAUAUAGUAUCGGUCGAGUAGCGGUUACCAAACCGACAGUUGCAUAUAUCCAAUUUGUCAUCGCCCCUCUAUCCUUGUACUACCGCCACACAAAUCGCAUAAAAAGCCCGUAAAAGGUGGUUCGAGGUUUAUGAUUAGUGUGCGUGUGCGGCGUGACCGCAAAAGCCUUCUAAGAGACACCGCGACGAGUCCAUAAAAAGACCCAAGGACGCACAAUAUCAGGUGUCUCCCCUGCUAUUCCAUUGCCCUCCCCUCCGAAAUUCAGAGCAAGUAUCUCUUUUGCAUAUCAAAUGAACGAGGCCAAUCUUCUCGAGUGAUCUUUAGCUAAUUGAGUGCCCCCCACCACCUCAUUUCGUUCCAUUCCCCCCGCGCAAUCGCAUAUUUAUGACGCAAAGUGCUUCGCUUUCUCCAAAAUUUGAUACCUUCAAGGACUCGAAGGAUUGGCAGAUUUCGCGCCAGAUGAGAUCUCCUGACACCCAUCUGAAGGCCUUCGGACAGGCAGUGCAAUUGUGGAAAUGGGGGAAAAGUUGAUGGGAUGCGAAAGGAAGUUUUCUGGAAGGUUAGGGUCAUUGAGGAGGGUAAAGAAGGAUGAUGAAGGGUGGGAAGUGGGAGUUUAUCGAUGAGAAUGUAUACGGAAGACUUCAUUUUACUAGUUGACAACUUUUUUGCGCCGUAGCUCCUUUGACUACUGUAGCUCUUGAAAGAUUGUUCAAAAACUAGUAAAACAGUUGCAUAUUCACUGAAAAUCGAGCAAACCUCUAGCGCUCUAGCAUAGUAGUCAGUUCAAAUUCCAAUCCAAACAAGCCAAUUUAUCAUCCAUCCCCAUCCUCCUCAAUCAUUGACACAUCCGCUUUUUCUUCCUCAAACCUCCGGGCGUCUCUGAAUGACUGACCCAAUUCAAUAAUAUCAAAUCAAAAAAUCGCAUUUAUCCUCGCCCGAUUCCUUCAUUCUUUUCCGUCGGGCAGAUGUUCCGUAACUAAUACAGCUGCCGAUGCACUUCCGAGUCUGACUGACUUUGGGAUCGGAUCGGAUUGGGAUUUUCUGUGUUUUUAGAUUUCUUUUGGCUUUGCAGACCUUUUUGGGAUGUAUAGGUGUACUCAGCCUUCAAGGCCUUUUAGGACUAUUAAAAUGUUUGGAGACUUUCAGCUUCUUCUGAGGAUCUUCAGGUCUUUUUAGACUUUUAGGGGUUUUGGGGCUCUAGGCCUUUUCAGGCUUUACAGACUUUCUUAGUCUUCUAGCCUGUCUCGACCUCAUUGUCUAUUUAGGUUUUGUAGGCCUUUUGGGCGUCUGAUCCCACAUUUCUUUUAAUUCUGACUCCUUCUUUACCAUUGAAAUCCCCCCAAUCCUCCAAUUUUCAGACGAGCCUGAUGUCGCACUCGCUCCGUCGCAUCACCGACGUCACCGCCCGUCCCCACACGGCCAACAUCGGCUACGUGGCCACGGAGCCCGUCGGAAGGACCUACCGCCGUCUAUGCCACGUCUUCCACUGCCACAACAUGAAGGAGGUCAGUUUUUGGUUUGGCCUUUUAGGGUUCUAGAAUUCAUUUGGUCCUUGUCAGUUUGACGCUAACUACGACGAGUUGAUUUUGAUGUUCCUGGUCCAUCUUUCGGUUCUUCUUCUUCAAACCUCGACCACCCACAGAGCGCGUAAAAUGGGCGAAAUGAAGAGAAAAGGGCGAUAAAAUCAGCAUGUUGUCGUCGACACGGUUUACCAGAGGAAGACUUUUUCGUAGACAACGCCCCUCUCUAAUUCUACCGGUUUUCGAUUUCAUUUGUGGUGCACUUUUGAACCAACCAACUAACGGAUUCGAUUCGAUUCAACUUUUUUAAGCCACAGGUUCCGGCUCGUAAAUCCACGGUGCCCAAUGGUCUGAGGAACAAGCAGAAACAAAAAAUUGAGGGACAAGGACAUCGAUGUCUCUUCCGCAUGGUUUCAUAAAUUGGCAUGGCGCCGAGAGUAGUGCCCUUUUGACUGUUUGGCUACUACUGUACAUGACUAAUAGUAGUAUAGGUACAACAAAGUAUUGUUGGUCUCUCGGUCAACAACAAGUCGCACCGUAAUCCGAGCCAACAAACGUCUAAAACAACUCGUAAAUCUCCCCCCGCUUCUCAUUUUUCCUCAUCUGCUGCGUCGGAACACGUGUCAACCGACGGGGACCCAUCGGACACACUUUAACCACAAAAAACAUCUUUCUCUCUCCGUUCCCCCCUUCCACUUCCACUCUCCGCUCCGUUUCGUCUCAUUUCUCCAAUCGAAUUGACCUUUCGUUUCGAAAUUAACCACCUCUUCGAUCGUCCUCUUCUUCGAAUACACCCAUUUUUUGUUGCAUCUUCGUCACAACUGAUUUCCGCUUCACUUCGUCUUUUCGAACUUUUCUGCAAGGUACGGUAAUCGCUUUUGACAUGUGUCACUUGGAAUGUUUCAUGCGUUGAUAAGAUCUGGGGAAGAGUUUGGAUUAAUACGGGCCUAAGGGGUGUUGUCUAAAUGGACGGCCUAAAGAUCAUCAAAUAGUAUUUCCUAACGAGUCAAACUCUCUGAAACUUUACAUUAUUUCCCAGUCUCGGCUACCCUUAACCUUAAUCCUUAGGUAUCCUUAGCAAGGCAUAACCCUACUACGUUAAAAGAAAAAACGUUCGUCCCAUGCAAGUCUGAUCAGUUUGCUUUGUUUGUAACAAUCGCAUGCUCAUUUUCAUCUCAACACUCCGACCUUUCCCCCUUUUGAUCUUUUUCCGUUCUGUUAACAAGUCCUUUCCACACCUUUCUCCAUUUCAUUCAUCACACAAUUGGCGCCCUCUCCCGUUCUUUUUCUCUGUCCGCCACCUCCUUUGCAUAGCCUUUGGCGUGUGUGUCAGAAUCGAAAUGGCGGCGAUUAUUAGGCGCCGACUUGGCGGCACACAACAGCCAACACGAAAGUGGAGAUGGACGGUGCUAACGGAGACGCUAACUGGCAUGGUUUAUUAUUAGUGGGCGCCAGCCCCUGCCCCGAUCGACGGUCCCUCACAGCUGAUCGAACAUUAGGAAGAUCUUGACGAAUCUCAGCGAAAGUAAAGCUAUCUUUGCAGCUUCAGACAUAGCUUUAUGACUUGAGAAUCUUGAAUUGUGAUGAUCUUCACACUAAUAAGUAUUUGCUGAGGUAGAACUUUCUGUUCCUCUAGCUUUUCUAUGUUUUCCAUUGCUCUCUUGAUCCUCAGAUCGUCACCCCAGAUCCUUCGGUGCUAAUCCACCCACUCCGCAUCCAUAAAUCGCCCCAUCUCUGUGUGAGAAUCACCCAUAAAUCAUGACGAGAAGAACCUAAUUCCGGAUGCUCGUUUUAUAACUUUACAAUCACGGCACCCUCGGCUCUCAACCUUCUGCUCAACCUUCUUCCGCGCCCGUCUUGUACAUACAAUAUAAUUCAAAAAUGUUUUAUGAAGCAUGUCAUCCAUCUGUCCCCCGCAUGAUCAUCAAACCGCAAUUCGGCAAUUUGUUCGUGCGCGUCAAGACCGUCACAAAAAAUGAGCUGUGGAUGCACCUGCUUCCAGAUGGUUCUUCAAAUCAACGAAGGGCAUAUAAAUUCAUGUUGUCAGUGUGCAGACACAAACUGACCAGUUGUCAAGUGCACUUUUAGUCCUUCCGAGUCAGUUGUCACUCACUGCCUUUCGGCGGCGCCAAACCGACACUGCAUCACUCCGUUUGGCACUGUUCCAACUGGUGUUCCUCACUUGUUUCGUUAUCUGAUGCGGCGCGCCCUGGCACGGUGGCCGCCUCAAUUAAACUAAGUUUUCUGAUUGUUAUCGCGCUUAGAGCGUUUCGUCGUUUUACGUAUUUAAGGGAACAGCUUAUUCGACUAGAUGAGCACCAGUUUUCGGAAUUUUUCAGAAUGAGAAAAGCUAAAUAAUUUCGAUGUGCGCCUUUUAUAAAAAUGUGCAGAAAAACGUGUAUACUCGAGACUAUAUCACAGGUGAAUCGCGGAUUGGACGCAAAAUGGACCGCGAUUUAUCUGGGUACUAUCGAACCCGCUUUCAGGUCGGUAAUGAUAGCACCCCUUACCUUCUCCUCGAAUCUUCAUCUUGAGAGGUGCGAACACCGGAUUCGCACCUCGCGCUGACUGUCCUGCGUGACGUGUGCCAGACGAGCGUGACGAUGUUGCAUGUUCGCACUUUGGAGAAAAGUUCUUGUCUUUCCUCGUCGAGAACAACCUUAUAAUUAGCUCAAUUCGGUUCCGAACCCAUUCAUCACUGACCCAUUGCCCUUCUUCUUCUUCUUCUUCUUCUUCAUCCGAUUCAAUCUUUCCCCACCAGUUGUUCAUUCUCUCCGAUGUACGUACAUUCCGAUCCAAUUCCCUUGAGCGGAAGCAACGAGAUAUGCAUCUUUUGGAGGGGGAGAAUCUUUUGGUAAAGCAGAAGCGUAUCCUUAUUCACUUUUACUAUACUGAUGACCGUCAACAGAUGUUCCCCUUAUUCCAGGCCGAAGAGAUCGAGAACGUGCUGCGCAACGCGAAUCGCUCCGACGUGCUCACUUCUUGUUCUGCGUCCAGCCAGAAGAUCGCGACCGCUUCCACGUCAGCGGUAAGUUCAAGAAGCUCAAGUACCCGUUUUUGUUUGAUCACUUUGAGUUCAAAGUCUUGUGAUGUUCUAAAUCCAAACAAAAAUGACAUGGCUGUAUAGUUGACCCCCCAACCAAACAUCAAAGAACCAUAGCCAUAAGCCACAGAGUUUAUGGUAAUUGAGAUCGUGAGAAUCGGCAGAAACGCAAAUUCACCACAACAUACUUUUACUGGCUUAUGACCCGGAGUUUUCUGGUUUAAAACUGGGAGGGUGUAGGGCGAGAUGCCUAGUUGCUGUAGAAUAUAACCUAAUUCCCAUUCAACAUUUUCGUUCGAGUUGAGAGUGCAAAAUGUAGAUCCUUAUUGAGUUCUAUACGCAUACGUGGCAGCGUAAACCGUUGAAAUUGCACGGCUUGCAACUCAUUGUAUAGAACUCAUUGUGAGCUUCAUUUAUCACUCCCAACCUUUCUAAAAGCUUCGAUCAUCAAUCCAAUAUUCGAGACGUUAUAUCUCAACUGCCGGCAGAAAUAUCAAAAAGCGGUCAACUGAUAAAUUGCUCACUUGGAAAUUUUUUACAUUUUAUUAGUUGGCAACUUGUUUAUAUCUCUAUCGAUAGCUGAGAUAUAUUGUCUUGAAUGAAAGCUAUUGGGAUGCCCUUCUAUUAACGGCCUAACAUUAAACUGGGCAAAGCUUUUCUUGAUGCUUGACUGCCCAUUCUAAUAUUUUUGCUGUUUCAAAUGCCGCCCCGGUUGUAUAACUGUUUUACACGCCCUUAUCAUCCGAUCCCAUCGCCUCUUAUCAUUGGUUCUUCCCAUUGAUAGCCUACCAUGAGAACCAAGAACCACCCGCCCGCCCGCUCUUCUUCUUCUUCUUCUGCUCCCCAUCCCGCUAGUCACCUGUUUUACAAUCUCGGUCUCUUUCGAUUACAUCACUGCGUUCCUUGGAAGCUCCCGCCCUCAGACACACUUUUAUGAUCAUUUAUGAUGGUGGCUCUAGGUCCGUCCCCAGUGGUCACCACCACCGAGAUUAGCAUCCAUUGUUCUGCACAUCCCCCCACUGAGAGGACGCAUAAAAGGGGCGGAGCUGAAGGAAGGGGGUACCCCUCCGGAAGAGUCAUUUCCUUUUAGGAAUGAGUUAGGUGCCUAACAUCUAGAUUUUCAUACCAGAUUUAUAAAACUCCUUCCCCACAUGCUCUUUUCUUCUUCAAUUGCUAUCCCCAUGAUGUUUGUCAAUUGGAUGUCUCCAAACGGUUUAUGAUGGUAACCGGAGCGUCGAACACAAACAAUGGUCCCCUUCGUCUUCUCGCGCACUCACCCCUACCCACUUCCUUCCGUUCACUUUUUCUAUCGAUUUUUUUUUUUAAGUUCCACUUUCAGAUGCACCCGACAAGCUGCGCGUCGACAAUGACCGAGAAGCGAAGCGCGUCGACGGUGUUCUUGAACCGAUUCCUCGGCAAAAAAGGCAGUCAGACUGUCGAUGAGGGAGGACAGUGCAAAAGGUACCUUUUAUGCCUUCUCUCGUUUUCCUUGAUAGCUCUACUCUCGAUCAUUACCCUCCAUAGCAGCUUCUUAAUAACCGGAAGGGCCAGCAGAAAUAAAACCUUUUCCUUUGCCCACCAAAACCACCACGGUUGUAAACCCAUCAUUGCCUUUUCUUCGUUCCAGAAAACGUCGUCCCGUCUCGGCGGUCUUCUCCUCGGCAAUUCAUCGUCUCUCGAGCUCCACAUCGUCUGUAAACCCGAAAAGAGUGAGUCGCUCCACAGUUCAAUCACUAAUUGUGCCCCGAAACCUAUAAUCAUCCGCUCGCAUUUCCUGUGCCUCCUCUGACGUAACCGUCAAUGCCCCCUGCUCAACCCCUCAGCCCGCCUGUGCCUGCCUGCGUGUGGUCCGAUGGUUAUCAGGUCAUGUUACAUGACAAGGACACGAGCAUUCAGUGAUAAUUGUGUGGUGGUUCCGUGAUGAUGACAGUAAGUAACAUCAUCACGAUUUUGAUAAGCGAGGUAGGAAGUUGCGCAAACCGGUGUGAUGUAUUGGGGUUGCGUGAGCGGACAGCAGAAUGUGAACUUGAGGACUACUCUACUGCUAGGUACUAGGGUCUACUAUGUCUUUGUAAAAUGACUACUAGAACUUCCUUCCAAAUGGCUUCAAAAUAGCUGUAAGGAAAAGGUGUCAACUGAACAAAUGCAGCUCUAGGUAGGAAGAAUACUCACAAGAAUUUGUAGACCAACAAAACAAACUGUAGAGCACAGCAUCGAAGCGCGAAAUUAAAAACAUAAAUUUCCGCCAACAUAGCACCUCUAUCUUUAAGCACUAGACUAACAUUUGCAUUUAUUCCGUGGGUACCCGUGCACAGUGCUGAACUAACCCGAUGACCCAAUGCACCCUUGACAAGCGCCCCCGUUUACUCUGUUUAUCCACUCGUGGAUAAUUGUUUCUUCUCUUCUCUUUCUCUCUCCUCAACUGCCCGAGGUAGUAUUUUGUUGCGCAACCGCCAAGCCCUUCAAGGCUCGGCCCGUCCUCUCGCUCUUUCUCCGUCACUAGUGUGUUAUAAAACAUUACGUCAGACCACAUAGACCGUCUUCGGCCACACUAUAUUCCUUUCCAAUAAUAUAUAUAUAUUUUAGAUGUCCACAAUCGAGCCGUCGACGCCGACGAAAGAGCAGCUCCUGCACCUCCAGAAACAGAUGCGCUGCGCGUCGCCAGUGCCGGAAGAGCCGCGGCCCUCGGAGCUCUGCUCGAUCGGCUCCACGACCACUUCGACCAGCUCCGUCGCGAGUUCUUCCUCCGUUUCCUCCAACGGAACCUCCCCCUCAACUGCCACGUCGCCAGUCCCACCGCCCCCGCAAUCCGCGCUCGUCUUCGACGAUAAACUCGGCGAAUGGAUCUAUCCGAUCGAUUCGGCAAUCACCGCGCAACUCGACAAUUGCAGCUACUUUGUGGGAAUGCCAUCCAGGUUUGUGGGAACUCUUUUCAAAUAGACCUAAUUACUCUUUCGGCAAACACCUGUGCUCGCCCGAAAUGGUAUGGGAAUGUCAAGACAGCUGACAGCUGCUCGGCGAGCUUCCCCCGCGUCAAUAAAAUAGAUAAUUAAGGCGCGCGCGCGCGUGCGAUUAUUAUUGUUAAUCCGUUUGAAUUUUGGCUCGUCUAGAUACAUUAAAUGAAUUAAUUUGCAGAGAUUCGCUCGCGUACAAUCUGCUGAGCCAGCCGGAAGGCGCGUUCGUGAUCCGGUACUCGGAGAGCAAGUCCAAGUGUUUGGCACUUUCCAUGCGGGUCCCCGUCACGCACAAUCCCAGCGGAAUCUCACACUAUUUGAUUAUUAGGAACGAGCACGGAUUCCGUCUCAAGGUAACCCAACAACCUGAUCUUUUCACCCAAUAACCCCUAUUUUUCAGCUCUCCGCGACGAAAAAGCCGUUCCCGACGCUUCAAAUGAUGCUGACGCACCACUCGGUGCUCGAAGGACAUCUCCCGUGCACUCUGCACUUUGUCCAGUGGCAAAAGACCAAUUUCAAGCAGUUGCCGCCCGUCCCGCCGACCACAAUCGACCGCCCGCCGCGCACUUUCAGUCGACACUCCACCGCGCUCACCAAGGUAAGCAAUUAUUGAUUUUUACUAAUUAUGAGUGUUGGUCCUAAAAAUUUAUCAAAAAAAAGUGCUUUUAGAUCAGAAAUCAGUGAGAAAAUCAAAUUUCGGUCAAAAAUUGCUUAAACUUCUCAGUUUUGACACCAACCGAAUUCUUUGAAAUUUUAAAUCCCUCUCCAAUUUCUAUAUUUCCAAAUGUUUGCAGAUCGACGAGAACCGAAACGUGGCAAUGUGCUCCUCGACGCCUACGUACCGCCCAUCCGGUCGUUGCGGGACCAUCGACGAAUUCGCGACGCCCAAACAUCGGAGGUCUCGCCACGAACUGAACGCAAUGCGACGAUCGCACUUCUUCGACGACCGACAGAUUGUGCUGUGA